AUGGUAAUUAUUGCAAACAGUAUCCUCAAUUUAAACCAUUAUGUAGUCAAUGAAACCCUUAAGAAGGAAAAUCAAAACAAUAAUCUGAUCAAGCAAAAUAUCAAAGACCUGGUAGAGUAGACUAAAGCUGAGAUUUUUUCUAAAACUUUCAAAAAUGUGCAGCCUGAUAUUGGGAUGGAAUAAGAGUAGGCUAAAAAGGACAAGAGAUUUUAUUCCUUAACGAAAAAUAUUGACAGAAACCUGAUUGAUUCACACAACAUAGAAUCCAAGAUCAAUCUUAUGAACUCAAGAAAUCAUGACCUUUCAGGUUCAUAAACUUUAGGUGAGUAAGGGCAUUAAGAUUAAAGCCUUAGCAAAGAAGGCCUAAGAGUUAGUUAGUCUGAGCGAAACUUAUAAAGAUACGAAGAUAAGAUCCAUGAGAUGGAUUAAAAGAGAAGGAAUGAGGAACAGAGAUUUAAGAAGUGGCUUGGCCAGUAGCAAAAUUAAGUUAAGAUUUAGAAUCAAUCUGCUCUUCAAUCAGUACUUAAAAGUGGGGAGUUUAGUGGAUUUUAAAUACCAAUCAUAAGACCGCAACAGUCUACUGAGGAGUCUAUUGAUAUUUCUAAAAAACUUUAAUAGCAAUAAAGUCCUAAUCUUACUCAAACAACUAGCUAGUUCAAAGAAAAGUCCCCAAGAUCUACUGUCACAGUAGAAGAUGACUUUAUUUACAAAAUUAAGAUUGAGGGGUAGACUAUACCUUCGAUACAAUACAAUUUUGUGCCAAUGGAUGAAGAAGGAUUUCUAAUGUUAAAUAAUGGUAAGCUGACCUCAUAAAAGAUCUAUGAUAAAGAUAUAUGCUUGGAAAUAAUGCUAAGUGAAGAAAUUAAGUUUGUAUUUCCUAAAGAUGGUACAAACUCAGAAGAAAAGCCCAAGUCAAACUCAUCAUAGCUGAGAAGCAUUGUUUAUCACAAAAAGGCUAUAUCAAUGUCUAAAGUGCCAACUUAGCAAUAUACGAACUAUAAUGUCAUCUAGAGCAACUUCUUUAAAGCCUAUAAAGAGCUUCUCUAAGGACCAUAGAGAUAUAACACUGAAAAUCUAAUUCAAAUAUUGAACUCUGAUUACUCAAUUUCAAUUGAAAACAUAAACUCAUUCUUUGAUUAAAAUGAAGUUCUAGUUGAAUUCAGAAAUGCAAUGGUGCAGAUUAGAGGAUUUUAACAAAAUAGUAUGAUUGAGGAGUAAUACAGCAUGGACUAGAUUGACCAUAUGCCUCCUUACUUGCAAGGAAAAGGUGUUAUUAAGUCUUAAUCCCAUUAAUCAUUAUAUCAAAAUUACUAAAACUACCAAUAAGAAGAGACUGAAAACUAUAAUAAGAUUGCAAAGAAAAAGAUAAUGACGAUUGAGGAGUAUUGGCUUAAAUUUCAGCAAAGACAUGGCAUAGAUUAAAAGAGCAAUAUCCUCACCUAAGAUUAAUACUUCUUUUUAGAUGGCUAAAGAGUAUUUCAACAAUUCGAUAGAAAUAAGAUGAUGACAUAGAGUUAUUAGAAUUUUUAAAUUCCAGGGCAUUAGCUUAGAAAUAUUGAGGAUAAAAGCUUUAUGAAAUCCAAUUUCAUUAUGAAAGGUCUAAGUCAUCCUACUUUUCCAUAGGAUAAGUUAGAACAAGAUAGAAAAAUCUACCAGAAUAUUAGACACGAGGCAUAGGAUUUCAAUAAGACUCAUACUCUAGAGUUUAAAAAUUCAGUUCCAGGCAUUAAAAGUCCUAUUAAAAUACAAACAGCUACAAGGAAUCUGAAUAAUCAAACUGGAUCAAUUAUAGACUACACUUAAUCCUUCAAAGGAAUGCACAUGAGUCCUUAGAGUAUCACAUCGAAUGCUGAGCUGUCAAUUAUGAGUGUAGGAUUGACUUAAAAUAUCUAUGCUCACUAAAGAGAAAUUUAAGAAAAAAUGCAGUAACAGCUAUAAUUUUAGCAACCUUAAGAGCCCAAAUAAAUUUAAAAGAAGAAAAAUAAAGUACUCACCACAGUGUAAUCUAGCCAAAAUAUAAAGGUAACGGAUCCAUCUCAAUAUUCUAAUCAGAAAUCAACUCCAUUAGUAAAGAAGAGAAAUCAUAGCAAACCUCCUCAAAGUUUGGUAAGCUGGCAAGCAAAUCUGAAUACUCCGCCUUCAUAUCAUAAUCAAUCUCAGUUCUCAUAAGCUGAUAUCAGAGAUGAACUGAUACCUAAGUUGCCAAUUAUUAUUAACAGCGGCAAUACGAUAUUACAUGAGAAGAACAAGAAGAGAUAUUGA